GGAAGGAAGCGCGACUCUUUCCCCAAGCUCCUCCUCGGCAGAUCUCCCAAUCCAACCGUCGCACAAACAAAACAGGUCCAUAACAACACAACAAGGUGUAUCAACAAUCAACAAAAUGGCUGUGCCAAAUCAUAAUCCACCUCAUGGAAUGGAGAAUUAUGAUUUUGGUGCAUUAAGUGAAGAGCAACAAGAUAAACUCAAUCAAUUCAAGGUUGCUACUAGAUUAGCUAAUGAGAAGUACUUAAGGGAGCAUCCCGAAGUGGACCUGUUGCUUGCUGCAUUUCUAGGAGAUGUGUUGAGCAAACGUCCAGAUCAUAUUCGUGACUUUGCAGCUGAUUGGUUUACAAGUCCACUUCUACAGGACACCAUCAAGGAACAAUUGGAACAGCGGGACAAAGCAUUACGAGAAGCCAGACUUAAUAGAAAACUCUGAAAAUUCAGUGAACAGAGAAGACUUAAACAAAAUUGUUUUUAGAAAGAAUUUCUGAAAGGCUUUGUCAGUGAUCCAGAGAUCUGCAUGAAAUUGUUCCCUGGUAGAGUCAGAUGAAGUAGUUGUUAUUAUUUUUGUUUUUAAAGAUAAUUUUAACGUUUGAAAUUGAAUUGAAAUAUGAUUGAAAAAUAGUGUCGCAAUUUCGCAUGGUAAGAUUCUUCUCAAUCCUACCAACACCGUGAAUUGUGCCUGCCUACCGCUGUUGCUUUUUCCAAAGUUUCUUUUAUUUUAAUAAAUUAAUAUAUAUUACCUUGAUAUUAUUUCACAGUUAAAUUUAUAUUUGAUACUAUUUAUUUUUGUGUUCACCUAAUAAAAAGAAUUAAGAAGCAAUAGAAGUAGCAUAUGUUAGAUUCAAAUGAAUAAUAGAGUAGUUAUGACGAAUUAAAUCUGGCAAAAAACCAUAGAACUUUCAUCAAGGUUAAUGUUUGAGGGGUAUGUAGUUAACCAAUAUUUCCCUGGCAUUUCAGUCAAAACAAAUGAUGUGAUAAAGGUUUUGAAGAUGUUGUAUAAUGCUUUGGGCAGCACUCUUGAUAUAGUGGCGCUCUUUUAUUGCCUACUUAAAGGCACAAUGGGCAUUUUGAUCCAUUUGCAUAGUUAUGCGAGACUUUAUUACCAGUAUACCUUGAUUAGCAAACCCUCUGUUUAAAAAAAAACAUUUUAUUUUUGACCUGUUAGGAGACAACCGCUGCCCAUGAAAAUAUUAAAAUGUUGCCAUAGGUUUUCUCACCAUUUUUCUACCCUCUGAAGAUAUUUUGAAAAAAAAGUUGGCUAAACAAGAUGUGAAAAAAAUCAGGUUGGUCACUUAUUCCGAAUAGAUAUAGGUGUGUAAACAAGACCUCACUCAACAGUUGGAUGUUAUUGGGAUCAGUGUGAAUAAACAAACUGAACUGUAAAUACUGACGCCCAGGUCAGCAAAAGUCUGCCAAUUCAAUAGUAUGUCAUUUAGGUAAAUAUAAACGUUCUGCUUUUGACAAGUCUCCACUCAUCUAUGUGACUAGCUGUGUAGACCAGGCACAGAACAUAAGAGUACAACACCUUUAUUUGGUCAACCUAUUAAGGAGACGCAUAAUAAUCAGGGGAAUACAUCUUUAAAUGCAACUUGCGUAAAGCCCAGCAUAGGGGAUUACAUCUUGCAUUGGGAUUACAUUUUAAGUGUUUAAAAUGGGGGAAGGGAUUAUUUGUCUAGGCCCCUACCUGAUUAACCAUUCACCAUACAAGAUGCAGGAUUGAUUUAUUGUCAUUGUGCAUUACUGGUGUAUCAGUGUUGUAAAUAAAUAAAGUGCUUAAAAAAG